AGAGCGGCCUCCUCCUCCACAAGCACACACACCGAAACCAAACUCCAACAACUCACAGAGACAGAGAGAGAACUGCCUGGAGGUCCCGGCUUGGAUCCAGAGCCUCCUCCCCUCUUGGCGCCGCCGGAAGAAAACUCCAAUAUAAAACAAGCACUUAAAGCCUCGGGGAAUGCUGAAAGAUGUGCUUGCUUAGAAGACAUUUCACCUGCGCGAUAAAGGAGAUUGCCUCUGCUCCACAAGAGCUGAGUUGUUCGACUCUUUAUGCAAGCAACCAUCUUGUCUGCAUCAUCUCUACACCAUCUAGACUUCGUCGAGACAAAGACAUGAGAGUGUUGUUCACUGUGGUGGAUCAGGACUACCUUGGAGAGGAUGGUUGAAGUGCUCCAGUCGAUUUGAAUUAUAUAGCCGCAAUAUAGGCUUGUGGUGUUAUACAGCUAGAAGUCAUGGCGAACAGAGGGAAGAUUCUAAUGGAGCGCUACGAGCUGGGAAGAUUGUUGGGGAAGGGAACAUUUGGCAAGGUGCACUUUGCGAGGAGCCUUGAGUCCAACCAAAGCGUCGCCAUAAAGAUGUUGGACAAGGAGAAGGUGCUCAAGGUUGGGCUCUCGGAGCAAAUCAGGCGUGAGGUCACAACCAUGCGGUUGGUGGCACACAAGAACAUUGUUCAGCUUCAUGAGGUCAUGGCGACACGAAACAAAAUAUUCUUUGUGAUGGAGUAUGUGAAAGGUGGCGAGCUCUUUGACAAGGUUGCAAAGAGUGGCAAGCUCACAGAGGGUGCUGCACACAAGUAUUUCCAGCAGCUCAUCAGUGCAGUGGAUUACUGCCACAGCCAAGGUGUGUAUCACCGGGAUCUCAAGCUGGAAAACCUGCUCCUGGAUGAGAAUGAGAACCUUAAGGUCUCAGAUUUUGGAUUGAGCGCACUUUCAGAGUCAAAGAGGCAAGAUGGCCUGCUCCACACCACCUGCGGAACACCCGCAUAUGUAGCUCCGGAGGUCAUCAGCAAGACAGGUUAUGAUGGUGCGAAAUCCGAUAUCUGGUCUUGUGGUGUUAUCCUUUUUGUUCUCAUUGCUGGUUAUCUCCCUUUCCAUGGUUCCAACUUGAUGGAGAUGUACCGGAAGAUUGAGCAAGGAGAUUUCAGGUGCCCCAGCUGGUUCUCACACAAACUCCAGAAGCUUUUGUGCAAGAUCCUCGACCCCAAUCCAAGCACCAGGGCAUCUAUCCAGAAGAUAAAAGAGUCUACCUGGUUCCGGAAAGGUCCAAGGGGCACCCUUGCAGUGAAGGAGAGAACUCCCAGUGAGAAUGUUACCACAAAUGCUCCUCCUACAGCUGGUGUGAGGGCAAGGAAGAACACUCAUGAAGAUGUGAAGCCCCUGAUGCUGACAAACUUAAAUGCCUUUGAGAUCAUCUCUUUCUCCACAGGGUUUGACCUAUCUGGCCUAUUCAUCCAAGAGGAGUGCAGAAAGGAGACAAGGUUCACUUCAGACAAGCCUGCUUCAGCCAUCAUCUCGAAGCUGGAAUACGUCGCGAAGGCGAUGAAUCUCAGGGUAAGGAAGAAGGACAAUGGCGUGGUAAAGAUGCAAACGAGGAAGGAAGGAAGGAACGGUGCUGUUCAGUUAGACAUGGAGAUCUUCGAGAUCACACCUUCCCACCACCUCAUUGAGAUGAAACAAACAGGUGGUGAUCCGCUGGAGUACCGAGAGCUGUUGGAGGACAUCCGGCCAGCGCUGAAGGACAUAGUCUGGGCCUGGUAUGGAGAUGACCACCAGCAGCGGCUAGAGUAGUUUUUGGAAUCUUGAGUAUUUAGUUUUGGUUCUGCGAAUUCGUCCAGUUUUCAGCUGGAACGAUCCUAUUUUACAUGCUUGUGUGUCUUUGUAGAAAAUAUAUUUUUUCCUACAUGAGGUGAGGCAUUCUGUUGAGGCAUUGUUGAGAAGUUGAGAUGCAUAAUAAAAGUUGUUCCUGUUUA